CCACACACACACACGCGUCUGGGGUGGACAGGAGUUCAUAGCCGCUGGGCUCUCACACACGCAGACUCAUCCCAGGGCUCCUCAUCACCUUCAUCAGGUUGUAAUGCAGCUGAAAAACAGCAGCCCCGUGGCUACGGAGAAACGCAUGGACCUGGCCUCGCUCUUCUGCGUGAUCGGUCGACAUGGUCCUGCCGUGGCCGUGGCUGUGUUCGCGAUGGUGUCGGUGCUGGCGGGUUUCAUCAUUUACCGGAACGUGAAGGGGAAGCGGAGGAAGGCCGCGACUGGAGCCGCUGACGGUGACAGCAGGAGCCCUGGAACGCUGACAGACGCGACGUUGCUGCAGUCGGAGGAAUCACGGAGCCGCGUGGAGUCAACAGAUGUGAGUGACGAAGACCUGUCAAUCAAGGAGGAUGCUGAUGUAACUCUAAGUCUUAAACUCAGAAAUCGCCGUGCUGCUGCAGAAAGGAAACCUUAUAGUCCUCUUAAAAAGGAUUCUGAACCAGAUGAUGGACAGCUCAGGUCACUUAUGCAGGACUCUUACAUUAUGCAAAAUAAUACUUGUACAGCAGAGAAUGUGGAUGUAGAGGGUGACGUUUGCCAGGAUGUAACAGAAGACUCUGUGAAGGCUGCAAAGGAGGACCAUGAUGACUGCUUGAAACCUGCAGUGAUUUGUGAGAGCCAUAAAGAAAAGGUGCUAAUGCCAGAGGAUGUUGAGAAGGUGACUACAGAGGAGGUUGUCUUGGGUCAAAUAAGUCAUGAGGGGAAAACUUUUCCAUCUUUAGAUAGCCCAGCUUGUUCUGAAGAAAAUGCUACAAUGACUGAAACCCAAGAUGGACUAGAGGGUAAAGUUGUCACAUCGGAAACAACGGAGUCCUACAUGGAAGAGCCUAUUGGUCACACAGAUGCAGACAUUGGAGAGGAGAAUCACCACCCAGAUCAUACUGAUGUCUCUAAAGAUGGCACCAACUUUCUGCUUCUGGAGAAAGAAAUGAAAAUUGAGGCACAAGAGGAGCGAUUAGAUGACCAACUGGCUGCUUCACAACAGGAGAUUGGGUUGUCAUUUCAACAAACAUCUCUGCCAUCUCAGCAGGACAACAGUGAGAAUGUGAUGGAUGAGAUGCCGUCGAUCCAGGUUGGCAACAGGCAACAACUGGAACCUGAAAAUGAUCCUACUUGUGAUCAGGAGAUGCUGUCCAAUUGUCCAGAACAUAGAAACAUUCAGGGUGAGAAUAAUGAAGCAACCACAUCUAUGAUGCCUAAUGAAGAAAGUGUGGAGCAGCAUGUGUUCUCCUCCAUCAGAGACCCUGAUGCUGCUGUCUGUGCAAAGGCUAGUCUUACUGCAGCUGUAACAUCUGCAGAAAUGCCUCAUCCUAAGGUGUUUUCAUUUCAAGACCAAAAAAGUGACCAAACACACAAUCCUGUUCUUCCUGAGGUUACUGCUGCUCCAACCCCUGACAUGACUGAGAGCAUGAAACCACCCAUUUCUCAAAUUCCAUUGCUAUCUUUUGACCAGAUUGAGCUUGCUUGGUCUUCCUCUGGUGCCGGUGAGGAGAGCGGGAUCUCAAGUAUGACAGUCAGCCCUGCUUUGCAAGAUGCUGAAAUUGAGUGUGACAUAACCCCUGAGAAUGUGACGCAGUUGAUAAUGGCUCAGUGUCCGGAGUCUGAAGAACAAACUGAGGAUCAGAUCCAAUUCUUUGUCCAUGAUGAAGCCAUGUCUGUUAAUAAAAUUGUAGCAGUUACACCUGAAUCAAUGUUUCUUUCACAGAAACAUGACGGUGAGGAAAUGGACAAGUUUUCGACAGGUAAUAAAGACAUGUUUGGUCAUGAGGAUGUUUACCAUGGAGCCACGAGCCAGUCCGCAGUUCAGGUUUCUGAGCUAAAAAAGGAGACGGAUAUCAAAGUAGAAGUUGUAGAAAGCAAGGACAAUGAAAAGACGGAAAUCAGUAUCAUGGCAGCAACUAUGGACAAUAAUGAGUGGAUCACAGAUGGUAACUAUCAAAUUCUUCCCUGGAUGAACCUGUCUGUUCCAUCUCUUGCUCAAAACGCACAAACUGACCCACUGUCUUCUAAAGAACACCACAACCUUCCUCCUGUAGCUGAGAGUCAAAAUGCAGACAACCCACGUUCCACUCUGAUCAAACAAACUCUUCUUCCCCUCAUCGACGAAAACGCAGAAAAUGACAAAAAGGUCGUGGCUGUCCAGCCAAUGCCCCAAAAUGUCAACGUGACCUUCUGCACUCAUUACCUCACACAGUCGCCAUACCAGAAAGUGGCUAUCACUGGGAACCAGCAGGAGCUGGGGAACUGGAAGGAAUUCAUACCUCUGGAAAAAGACAAGGACGGGCACUGGGCCACCAUGGUCAGCCUGCCUGCAGAGAGCCAUGUGGAGUGGAAGUUUGUCGUGUUAGACAAGGGGGAGGUGUGCCGCUGGGAGGAGUGUGGCAACCGCCUCCUGGAUACAGGCUAUGGAGAUGAUUUGCUUGUGCACAAAUGGUGGGGGUUCUUGUAAGAAGAUUGAAUGGUAGGUGCAAUAAGUUCUGGGACUUUAUCGGACCAGAUAGUCACGUUCAUUUGCUUCUGUUUUCAGUUUUUUUUUGUUUUUUUUUUUGUGGGUUAAAAAACACAAGGUUUAGUGUGUUUGGGAUGAAUCUGGUUGAGAAAUGUUCUGCAUGUGACCAUAACCUGUCAUUUUAACAAAUCAACUUUUCUUACCAAAUCAAUUUUGUCAAAAUGGUCCCAAUUCUUCAGGAAAGGGUAAUUUUUUUUUUUUUUUUUUUGUUUUUUUGUUUUGUUUGGGGGUGUGUGUAAAAGAUGGGUUGUAGAAUAAGCUUAAAAAAAUAAUUUAAAUAGAUUUUUAAACUUUUCUAAUGUCACUGAAAUCAUUUUGAGUCUUUAAUAUUUCAUAGUAAAAUCACUUUUUGGGGUCACUAUCACAUUUAACCAGAUCUAGCCUGGAUUAAACUUAAAAAAAAAAAAAAAGAAAAAAAAAAAAAAAAACAGCCCUGCAGAGAUGACUUGAUAGCCAGUGACUUGGUGGAGCUGAUAGAACUAAAAAGACAUUUGCAUUUUUUUUUUUUUUCCUCUUAUAUCUACAAUUAUGCAAACUACACCUUCAUAAACAAUUUGAUGCAAGUGUUUGACUUCAUUAUACUGUCCAUAUGCUGCUUGAAUACCCCAGUCUGAGUAUUAAUUGCACAUGGUUCACUUUUACUACAGCAAUAAUUAAAGCAAUAAUCGUUCUGUAUAAUGUAUGUUACAUCAGGUACUUUUGUGUUUACCACUAAACUGUGAUGUUACUGAUGCUGCUUCUGUUGUAUGGGACUUUGCAUGCAAGACUGUCCCUCUGUUCUAUAAAUGUGCCUUUUUAACUGAUUUUCUAUGUGUUAUGUAAUGCAUAGUUUGUUGGCCAUUGUCUUGUCACAACUUUAAUGAAUUGGUGUAAUAUUUGUGUGGCCUUUUAGUCAUUUGUGAUAAUGCUACUUGUGAAUGUAAUGUAGAUGGUUACUGAAUAAACUAACUAAAUCUGUAA